AUGGAGAAUGAGACAGUAAGCGAACUAAACCAGACACAGCUCCAGCCACGAGCAGUGGUUGCCCUAGAAUACCAAGUGGUCACCAUCUUACUUGUGCUCAUCAUUUGUGGGCUGGGCAUUGUGGGCAACAGCAUGGUAGUCCUCGUGGUCAUGAGAACCAAGCACAUGAGGACCCCCACAAACUGCUACUUGGUGAGUCUGGCAGUGGCCGAUCUCAUGGUCCUGGUGGCCGCAGGCCUACCCAACAUCACAGACAGUAUCUAUGGUUCCUGGGUCUAUGGCUAUAUUGGCUGCCUCUGCAUUACUUACCUCCAGUAUUUGGGCAUCAAUGCUUCCUCUUGUUCAAUCACAGCCUUCACCAUUGAGAGGUACAUAGCGAUCUGUCACCCCAUCAAAGCCCAGUUUCUCUGCACAUUUUCCAGAGCCAAAAAGAUCAUCAUCUUUGUCUGGGCUUUCACAUCCAUUUACUGUAUGCUCUGGUUCUUCUUGCUGGAUCUCAAUAUUAACACCUACAAAGAUGCUAUUGUGGUGUCCUGUGGCUACAAGAUCUCCAGAAAUUACUACUCACCUAUUUACCUAAUGGACUUUGCUGUCUUUUAUUGUGUGCCCAUGAUCCUGGCCACUGUCCUCUAUGGAUUUAUAGCUAGGAUCCUCUUUUUAAAUCCCAUUCCUUCAGAUCCUAAAGAAAACUCUAAGACGUGUAAAAAUGGCUCAACUCAUCAGAACAAGAAUCUGAAUUCGAAGACCUCUAAUAGGUGUUUCAACAGCACAAUAUCUUCAAGAAAACAGGUCACCAAGAUGCUGGCAGUGGUUGUAAUUCUGUUUGCGCUUUUAUGGAUGCCCUACCGGACUCUUGUGGUUGUCAACUCAUUUCUCUCCAGCCCUUUCCAAGAAAAUUGGUUCUUACUCUUUUGCAGAAUUUGCAUUUAUCUCAACAGUGCCAUCAACCCAGUGAUUUACAACCUCAUGUCUCAGAAAUUCCGCGCAGCCUUCAGGAAACUCUGCAACUGUAAGCAGAAGCCAAUGGAGAAACCCGCUAGCUACAGUGUGGCCCUAAAUUACAGUGUCAUUAAGGAGUCGGAUCACUUCAGCACAGAGCAUGAUGAUAUCACUGUCACUGACACGUAUUUGUCUGCCACAAAAGUGACUUUUGAUGACACCUGUUUGGCUUCUGAAAUAACCUUUAGCCAAAGCUGA